GACACAAACUUACGCACCUACAUAGGUAUAUAUGUGUGUAUGUAUGUAAAUAAAAUGGAUGACGGUUAGAACAGAAGGUCAAUUUUUGAGAAAUAUACGAACUUGCAUUAUUCUCAAAAAAUGAUACCUGAAUUACCAAUCGAAAUUUUGUAGCCCCAAAGGGUUGCUGGCCCGGUACUCAACGCUGAUUGGUCAAACGAUUCGACUACAAAACAAGGGUAGCAAAUUUUCGGUUAGCUUUUAUGCGAUUGCACAAACAACACAGAACCGAAGGACGCGCCUUGUACAUUGUGGACGAGAAUAAGGACACACACUCACAAGGCGCACCAACCCUUAUGCCAUGUCUUCACCUUGCCAUUGACCGUUUUUUUAUAUAUGGAUAUUCGGCGGCGUGAGGCAACUCAUUUCGCUGGCUUGGCGGCUGACCUCGCCACAAACAUUCAACAGUCAUAUUUGAAACUUACAGCAAACCGAACGGAUGCUUCCAACGGAUACAUUCCAGACGGUUUCGAAAACGCUUCAAAUACGCCUAAAAUACUUCAUCACUAUUUUUGUAAAUUCAAUUCGAUUAAAUCUAAACAGUCUAGUAGUUUACGCUACUGGAAAACUGUGUGUUCUCCAACAAGUAUAAAUUUCAGCCACAGCGACCACAAAUCAUCGCGUGGAGAAUGCAGUCGUGUUCCACUCCCGAUUGCCAUGGCUACAGCGUGUGCUUUUCACCAUUUCAGCCAAACCAUUUAUUGUUGGCCACAAGUCAGCUUUAUGGUUUGGCUGGUGGUGGCACACUAUUUCUGCUGAAGCUGCCUUCUACAGCCGAUGGCAAAGGCUUAACGCAACUUAGCCGCAUGGAGUGGUCCGAUGGACUUUUCGAUGUGGCCUGGUGUCCGUAUGCGGAUAAUAUUGCGGCAACGGCUUCUGGUGAUGGCUCUUUGCAGAUCUGGGGCGGACUGAACGAAGACAUCGAUGCGGAAGCAACGCUUAAGACGCUAACUCAACCCUUGAUGGUUCUGCAGGAGCAUAAGAACGAGGUGUACAGCAUCAACUGGGGCGAGCAGUGGAACUACCAUCAACUAUUGUCGGCCAGUUGGGAUGGCACCAUCAAGCUGUGGGACUGCCAUCGCCAGAACUCGGUUGCCACCUGUACCGGACACAGUGACCUCAUCUACUGUGCCAAGUUCUCACCACUGAUUGCCAACCUCUUCGCCAGUGUAAGUACUGAUGGUUGUUUAAACUUAUGGAAUUCUGCUCUUGAAUUUUCAGGUAAACCACUGAUGAGCAUCGAGGCAGCGCACAAUGGCGAGGUGCUGGCCUGUGACUGGAGCCAAUUCGAUCGGAACAUUCUGAUGACUGGUGGUUCGGAUGGACUGGUGCGAGCGUGGGAUUUGCGCAACAUGCGUCAUCACAUCUUCCAGCUGUACUCCGGAGAGUUCGCCGUGCGACGUUUGGCUUGCUCGCCGACAGCGGCAACGGUAGUAGCAACGGCAAACUACGACUUUACGACGAGGAUAUGGGAUUUCAAUCAGUCCUUAGACGCUAUGGAGGUCAAUGUAAAUCACACGGAGUUUGUGUGCGGACUGGCUUGGAAUGCUGGUAGACCACAUCAGCUUGCGGAUUGCGGAUGGGAUGCCAUCGUAAAUGUGUAUACGCCGAAAACACUGAAGGACCUCUUGGAUUGAGGCGAAUGAAGCACACGGGAAAUUCCGGGGCCUUGAAGGCAUUGAAUAUAAUUAGGGAAUUAACUUGGAAAGAAUUUUAAACGCUUUGUAAAUGCGCUGUGACUAAUUUGAUAGGUAGUAGAAACAUAGUUAGUAUGUAGUACGGAAAAAAGGCAUAGGCAAAUAGAAACCGAAACCAGAUGAUGAUCCAUGCAAACGUACAAAAUAGUGGACCGCGAGGAACAAAUAGCUGAGCUAUUCUAAUUUUCGCUUUCGCCAACUGAGUGUCUUUAUUGUGAUAAACGAAAUUUACAAUAGGUACCUUGGACAUUUUUAAAGAAGCAAAAUAUACAUACAUAUAUUGUAAUUUUAUUAUAAUUGUAAGCGAUUAUUGAUGGCAUAAAUAU